UGCUUAUGGCAAGUCCACCACGGUUUCUGGUCGUAACGUGGCUUGUGGAAAUCGCCUUUUAAAGUUCCUUCUUUAAAUGUGUUGAUUUAUGUUUUAUUAAACUACAAGUCGAUUUGUGUUAUUGAAGUUUGAGGUUUUAACAUUUCCGCUGGAAACAUGAGAGAGAGCGCAAUUUUCUCUGGCUUCAGGGCUUUGGGACUGUACUCGAAUCACCUCCCGCACGUUGUGCGGUACCACCAGAAACACCGAAAGUUCUACAUCGUAACGGCCGUCGGGAAAUGUUUUCAUACGUACAACGUCCAGAAACUUGGAAUCGUUUCUGUCAGCAAUGCCCUUUCAGAAGAUAUCGCAUGCCUCGCUGCUGAUAAAAUGCUUGUCUUUGUUGCACAUGGAAGGAUAGUGCAUGCAUUUGCCAGGAACAAAGAGAUUGUCCACACUUAUGUCGGUCAUGAGGCAGAUGUUCACCUUUUGCUGCCUUUUGGAGAUCAUGUGAUUUCAGUGGACCACAAUAAUGCUGUCAUUAUUUGGCAUGUACAGUCAGAAGAGGGAUACUUGCACAUGACAUUUGACAAAGUCACAUUUGAAGUUUCGGCCGUAAUGCAUCCAAGCACGUACCUAAACAAAAUCUUGUUUGGAAGCAAUCAAGGAAGCCUCCAGCUGUGGAAUAUUAAGUCAAGCAAACUCCUAUAUACCUUCACUGGAUGGGGAUCUGGAGUAACAGUCCUUCAACAGACACCAGCUGUGGAUGUUGUGGGUGUUGGUCUGGCCUCAGGUCAGAUCGUCAUUCACAACAUUAAGUAUGACGAGUCACUCAUGAAGUUUCAGCAGGAUUGGGGCCCCAUCACAGCCAUUUCUUUUCGAACAGACGGUCAUCCAGUCAUGGCUGCUGGGAGCCCUAUUGGGCACAUUGGCCUGUGGGACUUGGAGGAAAAGAAGCUCAUUGCACAGAUGAGGGAUGCUCACAGCACUGCUGUCGCCGGUCUGACUUUUGUUCAUGCCGAACCUCUUCUCAUCACCAAUGGGGCAGACAAUGCAAUUCGGGUAUGGAUAUUUGACUCACCGGGUGGAGGCGGUCGAUUACUUCACUGCCGUUUAGGACACAGUGCUCCGCCCACAAAGAUCCUGUUCUAUGGACAGAAUGGUCAACAGGUUCUCAGCGCUGGCCAAGAUGGAACCCUUCAGUGUUUCUCUACUGUGCACGAGAGAUUCAAUAAGAGCUUGGGACAUGGUUCUAUCAAUAAGAAGAAAUCCAAAAGGAAAGGGUUGAAGUAUGACACAAUGAAACUUCCAGCAAUCACCACUUUUGCCGCAGAAAGUGCCCGUCAGAGCGACUGGGAUGGAAUCAUCGCCUGUCAUCGCGGCUACCUCAUUGCCACCACAUGGAACUAUCAGAAGACCUCCAUGGGUGCCCACAAGCUGGAACCGGCGCGCUUUGACAAAAACCGAGCCCUCAACGUCCACACCACGGCUGUGGAUAUUUCGUCAUGCGGUAACUUUGCAGUUAUAGCCCUCUCGUCUGGACAUAUUGAUGUAUACAACAUGCAAUCAGGCAUCCACAGGGGCCAGUACGGUGUAGAUAAAGCACACCAUGGUCCCGUACGCGGUGUUGCGAUUGAUGGUCUCAACCAGCUGACCAUCAGCGUUGGGGCCGACAAGCUGAUCAAACUGUGGAAGUUCAAAUCCAAGGAGCUGGUCCACACCCACAGCCUGUGUGUGUCGCCUGCUGCCAGCAAGUUACACAGGGACAGUGGCAUGUUGGCUAUUGCUUUGGACGACUUCACUCUUAACAUUAUGGACCUGGAGACGAGAAGGAUCGUCCGCAAAUUUUCCGGCCACCGCGGCCAGAUCAACGAUAUGACAUUCAGCCCUGAUGGCCGCUGGUUGAUAACAGCCGCCAUGGACUGCACCAUCCGGACAUGGGACCUGCCUUCUGGCUCGCUAGUGGACUGCUUCUUGGUAGAUGCUGCUGCGGUUAGUCUCACCGUUUCUCCCACAGGGGAUUUUCUGGCCUCUGUGCAUGUUGACAGUCUGGGAAUAUACUUAUGGUCCAACAAGACUUUAUACAGCAUGGUCUCUUUGCGCCCAUUACCUUUGGACUUCGAGCCCACGGUCGUGAUGUUGCCUGGAACCUGCCCUGUUCAAGAUGUCACUGAUGAGGACAUGGACCAGACCAGUGAUGAAAUGAUAGAAUAUGUGUCGCUGGAGCAAUUAGAUGAACACUUGGUCACACUCUCUCUGAUGCCGGAUUCCAGAUGGAAGAACCUGCUAAAUCUGGAUCUCAUCAAGAAACGGAACAAACCCAAGGAGCCCCCCAGAGUGCCCAGCACUGCCCCCUUCUUCAUCCCCACCAUUCCAGGGCUCAUGCCACAGUUUGCCGUUCCCAAGGACCAGAGUGCAAAGGAUCAGUCAAAAGUGGUCGAUCUUGGAGUGCUGGCACAAAAAUCGGACUUCUACCUCCAACUUGAGGACGCCUGGCUUACCAACAACUAUGCGGGGCCCUUGGGGCUUCUGAAGGGCAUGGGCCCGUCGGCUAUUGACACAGAGCUACGGGGUCUGGCACCGGAUGUGGGUGGGACCCUGGAGAUCAUGCAAGCCUUCCUAAGGAUGAUCACCAACAUGUUGGACUCCAAGAGGGACUUUGAUUUGGCACAGGCCUACCUUGCUCUCUUCCUCAAGUUGCACCUCCGACUGAUCUCACAGGAGCCAGAGCUCAUGGAAGAGUCAUCUAAAGUGUCCCAGAAACUGGAGGAAAUAUGGACAGAGAUGGAGACCCUUUUCAAUCAGUCUCUCUGUUUGCUUGCCUAUACCAAAAGUGCAUUGCUGUGAAAUAUGUUUGGCUCUUGCUUGCACUGUUCAUUUUUGUAAUGAAAUCAAAAGUGUUCUUUAAAAAUCAGUUUUUUGUUAUAUAUAAUGUGAGCAAUGCUUCCCAAGUGAAGGUAAACCCCUAAUGCUGAUGUCUGGAAUAGGUAAUCUCCUUCAGACAUCAUGUAUUUCCUUGAAAGGUGAGAAUCCAGUUCAUGCCAGCACAUUAAACCCAUCCACUGCUUUUUCCGUGUUGGUGUCAUUGCAGAUGCUGAGCAUCAUGAAUAAGCACACAGUGUGCAUUAUGUGUAGUCUGAUUUAAUUUUAAAGGAAAUUAUUUAAUGUGUUUCUGCAAUAAUUUUUUUUGCUAAAUCAAAUGGUAUUUAUUGGCAUGUAUAACUUGUAACAACACAGCAGUAAGUCACUAUUUGGGACAGCUGGUGGUGUAGUGGUUAGCACUACUGCCU